AUGGAAGAUUUGCGCGAGUACUGGUUUACUGUUCUUGAGCAACUGGACAUCAAGGAAAACGGCAGCAUUUCUUCGUCCGAGCUGCAACGGACCUUGAUCGAUCAUUCUGCCGCCAUACCAAGUCACUGUCGGAACCAACUCCUGGAACUGGCGAAGCGGAAUACGCGCUCCGAUAUUACUGUGCAGCAGCUUCUCACGAUCAUCUUGUGCCGUCGACCCACCACCAAGGCGGAGAAGGCGGCUCAGAAAUGCUUCCACGUUUCGGCAAAGAUCUACGUCAAGGAGAGUCAACAGCUGUGGAUUACUCGCCUGGCCCUAACGGACUACCCCGCCGUCGUUUUCCCUCUGGCUUUCAUCCUGAUUGUCGCAGCGGCUCAGAUUGUAUCAUCCGUACACCACCACCUGUGGUGUAACAGCCGAGAAGAUGAACCCUACGCGCAGGAUUGCUUUCUGGAAUCUCCGAUUUCGUACAAUCCGCUGCGCAUGCGCGAGAUGUGGCGACAGUUCAGCUAUUCAUUGCUUCACACGGACGCGGUUUCGCUUGCCUUUAAUGUUCUGGUAGAACUAGUUGUUUGUCUGCCGAUAGGUAUGGUUCAUAGUGCAUGGAAAGUACCAGUGUUGUAUUUCGUGGGAGUGUUCUACGGAGCCUUGGCUUCGUCGUUCUUGCCCAGCUUGCGUCUAGCGGGCGCCGCUGGCGGUUGCCACGCCAUCUUGUGGUCGCAUUAUGGAGACGUCUUAUUUAGCUUCAGAGAGUUCAAGUAUGGAGUGGUCUUCUUUCUCGCGAUCCCGCUUCUCACGGCAGCUGAUAUUUGCUGGCAUAUCUUCUGUCGGAUGAGUUGGGUGGGCCACGCGUCCGGGAUUUUCGUCGGAAUAACUGUUGGAAAAUACUGCUUUUUCAACAGGAAACUGCGCAAAUGGGAGUUGGUGAUUGGGGCGCUGUCGGCUCUGGCAAUGUUCGUACUCUUUGUUUAUUGUGCAACGUAUCAACUUCAUUGA